GCGGGGGAGCCGGUGCUGCCAGCUCUGUCUGGUGAGCACCUCACGCGCACCGGCCUGAUGAGCGCGGGCGGCGGAGGCGGUCCGCCCGACGACUGGGACAGUCGGGCGGCCCUCGCUGCCCAGCGGGCUGCCGAGCGCGGGGCCCAGCUCGCCGCGGCGCACGCGGCCAACCUCAGCCAGUGCCACGCCGCGCUGGACGAGGUGCAGGUCGCGCUGGCCAACCUGUCCGCGGAGCUGGCCGAUCUCCGCGCCCUGCAGGCCGCGCCGCCCGAGCUGCCCGAGGAGCCCGACACGCUCCUAUGGCACGCGCUCGGGGUGGUGCUGACCGCGGCGCUGACGCACCUCUUCCUGAGCGACGGGACCGCCGCCGAGGCGGAGGAGUUCUUCAAUGAGCUGGUGCCAGGGCGGGUCGUGUGCUUCUACUAUGAGGAGGACAUGAUCGACCUCUUUCGGGACGCUCGCCUGGCCGCCCGCAACGCCGGCUUGCGCGAGUCCGAGCCGACCGCCUUCAUGCGCGACGGCGGCCGGCCCACCAAGAGCAUGACGGUCAGCUUCAACGACGUGCCAGGCUUCUUGCGCCGCACGCGGGGCAAGGGCCCGUCCGCUGCCGCGCCGCGCGGCCCGCCUCGUGGCCCGCCUGUGGCCCCGCCCCCGCUGGACGCCGCGGGCGCUGAGCCAGGGGCGCUCGCCGACGGCGAGGUCGGGGGCACUCCGACCCCGAGGGGCGGCCCUGGCGCGGUGGUGCUCGCUGACGAGCGGGCCGCCCCGCCUGGGUCUGCAUGGUUUGUGAUGAAGACGAUCCCGGACGAGUGCCAGCAGUUCGACGAGGUCGUCCCGAAGGCGGGUGACGUGGUCUGGGGCGAGAGCGGGCUCUACAGCACGGCGGGCGGCUUCGUCGUGCCGAUCGAGCUCCACCCUGUCCCGCUGCCUGUCGAGGUGUUGGACAAGCUAGCCGACGACGACGCCCGCCUCCUCGGCCCUCUCCAGCGCACGUGGGAGGGCCGUAGGCACCGCGACUUUCGCGAGGCGGUGUCGUCCAUGAGGCAGGAGCAGCAUGACGACUUCCCGCCCGUCGGCGAGCGCAGUUUCAAGCGGCUGUGCGACUACAUCGUCGACCACGGCGGCACCCCCGACGGCCGCCACACCAAGUGGAUGAUGGAUAGCGGCUGCACCAAGGAUUCGGCGGCCGCGCACAUCCACGACUUGGUCGGCUUCGCCAUCGAGAUGGCCGUCACCUACGACCAGGUCGACGGCUCCAACCUCGCCAGCAUGGAGGUGGUCUCGCGGGCCUACCAGCUGAUCGAGGAGACCAUGGGGAGCAUGAAGAUCGAGGGCGUCGAGCACUACAUCGGCCGCCAGAAGCAGAGCGCCCGCCGCGGCGUCGCGAUGGCGCCGGGGGUCGCCAAGUACGCCACCGACCAGCUCGCCAAGGAGACGGAUAUCCAGAAGCAGAGGCGCAAGGCGCGCGAGGAGAAAUCUGCCCAGUCGGGCAGGAAGGAAGCCUGCUCAGAGCUUUUGGGCCGCCCGUGUCUGCACUACGACACGGCUAAUGACUUGCCGCUGAGGCCCUACGCUCCGCACCUCGCGAGCUGGCCCGAGUUGGGAAACGAGCCUCAGUGGCUCGCGGAUCGGCUGGGGACAAGCGAACGAUGCUCUCUCUUGGACCUCGACCAUGCUUUGCUGCUGCCGCCACCGAGCUUCGACGAGGCCGUGGAGACAGAGGGGGGGCCCACGUUGUACAUGGACCCUGUGAUGGAGCGGAACAGGCCGCUCUACCUUGAAUUCAUCCAGUCUGGCAUCUCGCGGGGCGUCUUCGUCUUAGGGAAAGAGAGGACCGAGGACGUCUCCGCCUUCUUCGUGGCUAAGAAGGACGAGCGGAUCAGGAUGGUGCUGGACUGCAGGCGUAGCAACCAGCGGUUUCAGCCUCCUCCGUCGGUCAGCCUGUUCUCCGCCGCGGGGUUCGCGGACCUCGAGGUGCCGAAGGACACGCCCCUCUACUGCGCGGGGGUGGACGUCCAGAACGCGUUCUACCAACACAAGCUGCCGGCCUACCUGCGGUCGUACUUCUGCUUGCCGAAGGUCACCGCGGGCGAGCUCGGCAUCAGCAGGCUUGACGGGCGGCGCGUCCCGCCCUGGGCCUGCCUUUACCCACAACUUGCCGUUGUUCCCAUGGGGUGGAGCUGGGCACUCUUCUUCGUUCAGAAGGCUCACGAGCGGACGCUGGGAGCCCAUCCACUCGUGUACGUCGACAACGUGCUCGUGGCUGGCACCGACCGCGAGGCCGUGACCAAGGUCAGGCGCGAGGCCUCCAAGGCGCUGGAGGGCUCCGGCCCGGCCGUCCAUGACGAGACCGACGCCGCCGAGAGCAUGACCAUGCUCGGCGGGCAGCUGCAGGGAUCGCCUGCCCGCGCCACCUUGGCGCCGCGGCGGUUCUGGAAGCUGUGCAUGGGGCUCGGCUAUUUGGUGCAGCGCCGGCCCCGCGUCACCAGCCGCGACGUCGAGCACGUCAUCGGCCACUGCACGUUCGCCGCGCUGUGCCGGCGCGAGAGCUUGAGCUGCUUCAGCGCCGUCUACUCGUUCGUCCAGCAGAAUUACCAGCGCGCCAUGCCCCUCUGGGCGUCGGCGCGGCGCGAGUUCAGGAUAUUCCGCGGCUUGCUGGUCACGCUCGUCUCGGACCUCGACGCCGAGUGGUCCACCAAGGUCGUCAUGACUGACGCCUGCGAGACGGGCCACGCCUCUGUCGAGGGCGAGUGGGACCUUUCCGAGGUGCAGAGUGCUGGUCGCUGGCACGAGCGGUGGCGGUUCCGCCACACGCGUGAGGCGGACGGGGGUUGGCGGCCGCGCGACCGCGCGGCACGUGCGGCCGAGGUCGCCGAGCUCGAUGCGCACCCGUCUGUUCUGUUGCGCCAGGGUCUCGCCAACAAAAGAUCCCCUGAAGUAUCGACGCACACCAUCCGCCGCACCAGCUGGUCGACCAUGCACUAUUCGCCACUCUUCGGCAAGGAGCCCAUGCAUCGUAAGGAGGCAAGGGGUGACUUACACGCCGUGAAGCUGAUCCUGUCGGACGCGGACUCCUGGGGGAAGAGGCACCUCGUCUUGGGGGACAAUCUAGCACUCACACUUGCACUAUCUAAAGGACGUUGUCGUGAUAUAUUUCUGCUCAAUAUCUUGCGGCGAGGCGCCGCCUUGACUCUCGCCUCGGGGGCCCGCAUGCAUCGACGAUGGGUGCCCAGCGAGUUCAAUGCGGCCGACGGUGACAGCCGCUCCCGCGAGGGUGCUGCAGGGCGCGCUGCAUCUGGGGCCGGCUGGCGCGCUACCGCGGCGCGCGGGCGUCAGCUCCGGCACCGCCGCGGCUCGGCGCGGGGCCCCGAGGGCGACAGUCGGCUCGGCAGCGGCUGGCCCGCGGCCCCCGCGGGCCCGCCGGGACUCGGCCGCCUCGCAGGCGAAGCUGAAGCUCUCCAUCUUUUCUGUAAGGACCCUUGCGGCCGGAGAAAAUCAGCCCCGCCGCCGGCAGCCGCGCGCCCGCUGCGGCCCCGCGGCCUCGCGGCGCCGCCGCCGACCAGGCGGCUGAAGCGCAGCGCGCCUGGGAGCGGCCCGACAGCGCAGGCCCCUCUGCGGCCCUCGGCGGCUCGGACGCCGGCGCGUCGCAGCUCGGGCCGCCCCCUGGGCUCGCCCGCCCUGCGCCGCCGCGAGGCUCUGAUUCGACGCCCGUCGGUGGUGCUGGCGGCCCCGCGCAGCAUCCCCCUGCGGGAGCUGCCGCGCUCUGUGCAGCGCCGCCUGGACGCUGGGGAGCAGGCGCGGGACACCACCCGCCAGCUCUCUAUCACCGAGGCUGCCGCGGUGGGACGGCGGAGCCGACUGCAGUACACGCGGCUGCUCGAGCUGUUCCUCAGUCGCAGUCGCCUGACAUCUCUGGCUGCGCCUGCUGCCGACACGGACGCCGCCGUGGUGAGGUUCUUCGACGAGCUGUACCUCGAGGGGAAGGUCGCGUCGAUGGGCGAGAAGCUGCUCGCCGCCAUCUUCAUGCACGUGCCCGACUACCAGAGCAAGGGGAAGCUGGCCCUGCCGCGCGCCUACCGCGCGCUGCGAGGUUGGCGCCUGCUGCGGCCGUCGCGGACGCGGCGCCCGCUGCCCUGGGCGGCUUGCAUGGGCGUGGCGCGCCAGAUCUGGCGGAUCAGCUGCCGCCCCGACCUCGCGGUGUUCUGGCUCCUGAUGGUGGACACGUACCUGAGGCAUGGCGAGGCGUUCCGCCUGACCUGCGGCCAGGUGAUCCCGCCGCAGGCGCACAUGCCCGAGGUGACGAUCCACAUCAACCCCGACUACAUGAAGAGACCGAGCAAGACUGGCGAGAUGGACGAGACAGUGGACGUGGCACGUCCAUGGCUGGGCAGCCUUCUGGUUCGGCUAGCCCAGGGCCCGCCCAGCGCCUCCCUGUGGACGUUCGCCAUGACGGAGGCCAAGGACGUGUUCGAGCGCGCGACGCGCGCGCUGGGCUUGGACAAGCAGCUGCCCGUGCUCUACACGGCCCGGCACAGCGGCGCGUCCAUCGACCGCUUCACGGGGAG